ACGGAACGACGGGAAACGAUCCAAACGUGAAGUGUGGUGCCUCCGUACGUGAAGCCAACACAAAGCCUUAUUUCACUGAUUUCCGCGUUUCAUCGGGUGGCUCUAUACCAAGUGCCCAGUCACCUCAGUCGCGCAAGUGAAAAGCACAAAACAGUGUCAAGCGUGUGUGUGUGUGUGUGGUUAUCAACGGUGAAGUAAGAACGAAUAGCCCGGGGGUGAUGUUUAAUUGAAGAAUUUGAAGUGAAGAAUUACCGCAGUUUGGCCGUUGGAAGUUUCGGGGAAAUUUCGCGAUUGUUGAGGCUUUCACCCUUAACGAGCCAUUGUGUGGUGCUUGGUGGCCCAAAAGCGUGUUGUGAAUUGUGAGUGAGUGAAACAAAACAAAACCGGGGGGAGUGUUCCCAGUGCAUGUGAAACGUGGGCGCUGUUUUGAUGAUCGCAGCAUAAACAUAGUUUCCACCAACCACCAAACAAACCUUCGACGGCUUCGCUUUUCUUGAGCAACACUGCAGAACACCCGGAACCGACUGCGCCCGCGCACACGCAGAGGAUGGAUCGAGAUGGGAUGCGCCGUCAACCGGCGUCAGUCGGCAGCCUGAUGACACUAACGGUGCUGUUUGUUCUCGGCACGAUCUUCAUCGGUCAGGCCACGGGUCAGGACACGGAGUUCGCACCGCACGUUACGGCCACCUGCAAGUCCGGCAUGAUGAACAUCAAGAUACAGUUCGCGGGCCCGUACAACGGGGUGGUGCACGCGCGGGACUUUCGGACACCGGCCUGCAUGACCUUCGGUAACGGAUCGGCCACGCUCGGGCUCAGCCUCAACCUGCUCGCCAAGUCCGGCAACAGCGAGUACUGUGGCAUACUCGUCAGCAACGUGAGUGGUGGUGAUCGCACGGAAGAACGCUCCGUUCAGUUGGCCGUCCGGGUGCACAAAACGUUGGAGCUGGCGGACGACAAAUUCUACGUUAUCACAUGCGGCAAAACAGGAUUCGCUAGGGAUGACAGCGGUGCGGUGGCCCUUAAGUUCCUGGACAGUACUGGACGACGCGUCCGGGAGACGGUUUACAACCGGGAGUACACGAUCAAGGCGGAAGUUACCAACCCGAACGGAACAUACGGCAUACGGGUUAAGAAUUGCUUUGCCUUCAACAAGAAGAACAUGUCGGUAGCGCUGAUUGACGAUCGAGGAUGCCCACUGAAGAACGACACGAUGACACGGUUCCGGACGAGUGCGGAUGGUACCAGCGCUACGGCACAGAUUAUGUCGAUGUUUAAAUUCUCCGAAGGUUCCGAGGUGCACUUCCAGUGCGAUGUGGUACAGUGCAAUGGACGCUGUCCGGAGUUGGAUGAGGCGGUGUGUACGGGCGAUGCGAAUGCAUUCGUUAAAUCGGCCCGUGCAUUGGGGCAGGUGGACGAUGGAAUGCUGCUGGCGGCCACGACCGUCUUCGUGAUUGAUCCUGCAUUUGCACCGGUAAUCUCACCGAUCUGUGACGACACCGGAAUCCGUCCACACUGGUUACUCUGGCUGACGAUCGCACUUGGCGUGCUGUUUUUGAUCAUGCUACUGAUGAACAUCUUCCUCUGUACGGCCAUGAGCUGCAGCUGUGCACAGACUGAGAUCAUCGAGAAGGAACCGUCGAUCAUCGAAGAGUACGAUCCGUACCGAAGUUGGCACGGGUCGCAGUACGGAUCGCGUUACUCGCUGCACGGUGGCCGCGAAGGUGGCCACAACAAGGGUUAUACGAGCGGCGGCAGUACGAUCCACUCGAACCGAUCGCUGCCGAUCGAUUCGGACCAUUAUGCGAUCGUGCACAGCCGACCCGGUUCUCGGCAUUCCGGACUGCACGGACACCGGCCACGUGGCCCACCGAGUAAUAUGUAAACGGAAACGUGUAUGCAUGGGCGAGUGUAUACGGGCCCGUUCCCUCCUCUUCCCGUACCAAGGUUGGUGACAAAGGGGAGGCCACCGGACGACGCGCACAUUGCAUCGCAAAUACGUGCACAGCCACACCUGUACAUAACCGAAUGUGCGUGCUCAUAUUUGCGAUGGAGUUACUUUUUUUAUAUAUUACGAUUAAUCAACCAACACUACACUCUCCGUCCGUCCAGUUAAAGAGGAACAAUGCCGAACAAAUAAUGCGAACGAAAGAUUUCAUGUUUUCUCCACAUAAGUGUGUGGAGUAGUAACCCGGAUAUUUAACUUAUACACCAACGCAUGACCCAUCCAGACCCAUCGUUCCGUUGAGUCCAGACGGCUCAACUUUGCAGCAAAAAGGGUGGUCGACUGUGCACCCGAUCAUCGGCCAGCCGAAGACUGACAAAUGCCAUGUAAACGUACGUCUUUCUGCUGGAAUGCUGUUUUUACUACUGCUACUACUUCUACUACUACUACUACCGAUCUAUCGAACAAACUCCGCACAAAAACUCCCCUUUUUAUACUUGAUUUAGUAGUUCAUUUAAUUCAGCCGAUGCCCGAUACACAGAACCUAGACAGCUGUUAAGUACCAACUCCCAAAUGGGAAGAUCGAACCGAAUUUGCCCGACCUUCAACAGAGAGAGAGAGAGAGCGAGGAGUUAGUGAUCGUAAAGUGUAAAAGUUACUUUACAAAAAUUAAACCAUAGGUAAGGACUAGUAAAACUAGCUGCACUAGGGUAAAACAACAGCAACUGCUUCAGAGCAUUAGAAGCAGGAAAACGCAAUGGAUAGAUUAAUACAUUUUACCAUCACGUGACGUGAGGCGGGCUAUAAUUCAUUCAACAGUGCAAACGAUUUGAACCAUCCUUGAACCGCAAGAAAUAAGAGCGAAGAUAUGUGUUUCUUUUGCUUUACAAAAUAAAAACUUGUAAAUUUUUGCAUAAGACAGAAGAUAGUUAAUAAAACGUACAUACUAAUACGAUAAAACAAAAAA